AUGUGGACGGCUUGGUGUGUGGCUGCUCUGUCCGUGGCUGCUGUGUGUGGCGUCCGCCAAGACACAAACACCGUCCUUAGGGUUACCAAAGAUGUGCUGAGCAAUGCCAUUUCAGGUGCCCUGCAGAAAAGCGAUGCUCUCCACUCGGCCCUGAGAGAGGUGCCCAUGGCACCUGGAGUUGCCACUGGGGCACUGGGCCCCGGUGGUUUGCUGGGCACUGGGGGCAUGCUGGCAGCCGAUGGCAUCCUGUCGGGCCAAGGUGGCCUGCUUGGUGGAGGCGGUCUCCUUGGUGAUGGAGGACUUCUUGGAGGAGGGGGCGUCCUGGGCGUGCUCGGCGAGGGCGGCAUCCUCAGCACCGUGCAGGGCAUCACGGGGCUGCGCAUCGUGGAGCUGACCCUCCCGCGGGUGUCUGUGCGGCUCCUGCCCGGCGUGGGCGUCUACCUGAGCCUGUACACCCGUGUGGCCAUCAACGGGAAGAGUCUCAUUGGCUUCCUGGACAUCGCCGUGGAGGUGAACAUCACGGCCAAGGUCCGGCUGACAAUGGACCGCACGGGUUACCCACGGCUGGUCAUCGAGCGCUGUGACACCCUCCUGGGGGGCAUCAAAGUCAAGCUGCUACGUGGGCUUCUCCCCAACCUCGUGGACAACUUGGUGAACCGAGUCCUGGUCAAUGUCCUCCCUGACUUGCUCUGCCCCAUCGUGGACGUGGUGCUGGGGCUCGUCAACGACCAGCUGGGGCUCGUGGACUCUCUGGUUCCUCUGGGGAUAUUGGGAAGCGUCCAGUACACCUUCUCCAGCCUCCCGCUUGUGACUGGCGAAUUCCUGGAGCUGGACCUCAACACUCUGGUUGGGGAGGCUGGAGGGGACCUCAUCGACUACCCCCUGGGGAGGCCGGCCAUGGCUCCCAGGCAAAAGAUGCCGGAAUUGCCCCCCAUGGGCGACAACACCAACUCCCAGCUGGCCAUUUCUGCCAACUUCCUGGGCUCAGUGCUGACUCUCCUGCAGAAGCAAGGGGCGCUGGACAUUGACAUCACCGAUGGCAUGUUCCAGGAGCUCCCCCCGCUCACCACGUCCACGCUGGGAGCCCUCAUUCCCAAGGUCUUCCAGCAGUACCCCGAGUCCCGCCCACUCACCAUCAGGAUCCAGGUGCCAAACCCACCUUCAGUGACCCUGCAGAAGGACAAGGCUCUGGUGAAGGUGUUCGCCACCUCUGAGAUCAUGGUCUCACAGCCCAAUGACGUCGAGACCACCAUCUGCCUCAUUGAUGUGGACACAGAACUCUUGGCCACGUUUUCGGUGGAGGGCGAUAAGCUCAUGAUCGACGCCAAGCUGGACAAGACCAGCCUCAACCUCAGAACCUCAAACGUGGGCAACUUUGAUGUGGGCCUCAUGGAGGUGCUGGUCGGGAAGAUUUUCGACCUGGCGUUUAUGCCCGCGAUGAACGCCGUGCUGGGCUCUGGCGUUCCUCUCCCCAAAAUCCUCAACAUCGACUUUAGCAAUGCGGACAUCGACGUCUUGGAGGACCUCCUGGUGCUGAGCGCCUGAGCGACACAGGCAGAGACGCAGUCCUGGAAGAGGCCUGAACCAGCCCUGGGAAGGCUCGGCCUGACGCCGCCCGCAGCCCCGAGUCCCUUCAGACCCUCAAACAUGCCCCUCCCCAGCCCCCCAACCCUCAUCUCACCUGCCCCCACACCAAGAAAGGAUCCGGCCGUUGUCCCCAUUGGCAAACAGUCCCCUCCACAGUCAGUCCCAUGGUCAGCCCCCGCAGAGGGAGGGAGGUCCCCUCCAGGACCGAGGCCUCUCCGACUCCGAGCCGUACUCCACGCUGCAUGCUUCACACUUUCAAUAAAAGAUUCC